UCAUAUUUAUCUCCAAGUUAUAUUUCACUGUGCAACUUGCCUUGGUCAGUAAAUGUCAGGUGGCUGAGGGCAAGAAGAGGAGUCGGAGGCAUUGAGGUGUCUCAGCUCGGGUGAGUGAGGUGCCUGAAGGUGACACACCUUCCUGGGCUCACGCAAAGCCGCCUUGGAAGCACAACCCUGACCUUUCCCUUUUAUGAUGAUGAAUCACGUGCUGCGGCUCCGCUACAUGCGAACCUGUGAACACAUGGAAUGAGAGUGAAGUCCAAGGGGAGGAGAUCAGUGGAAUUGCUGCCAAGUGGGCGUUUGCUUGGGCAGGGCACAGCUACAAAAGCCUGAGAGCCAGCCUUGGCCUCUCAGUGUGUGGGCUCCUCUCUGGGCAGCUCCAAGAUGCUGAGGGCACUGCUGCUCCCCUUCCUGUGCCUCCUGAGUCCUGCCAGUGCUGGGAAGCUGCUGGUGAUCCCCAUGGAGGGCAGCCACUGGCUCAGCAUGAAGGAAGUGGUGGCAGAGCUAAGCAAGAGAGGGCACGAAAUUGUGGUUCUGGUACCGGACAACAAGGUGUACAUCGGCUCCUCAGAUGUCUAUGACUUGAAAACCUACCCUGUCCCUAUCAAGAAGGAAGAGAUGGAAGCACAGAUACGCUCAUUGGGUCUGAUGUGCUUUAGUGAAGAGCCUUUCCUGGUCAGAUUUUGGAAUACUCUGAAACAUUUCCAGAAGACCGCUGCCCUGUUUGAAGCCGCCUGCAGAUCCUUGCUGUACAACAAGGAGAUGAUGAAAUACAUCCAAGACAGCAAAUUUGAUGCCGUCUUCACGGAUCCCUUCAAUCCCUGUGGGCAGAUCAUUGCUGUUCAGUUCUCCAUCCCCAGUGUGUUCUUCCUCAGGGGUGUUCCGUGUAACAUUGACAAACAGGCUGCUCAGAGCCCGGACCCGCCGUCCUACGUCCCACGGAUAUUCUCCCUCCAGACAGACCACAUGACGUUCUCCCAGAGAGUGAAGAACUUCCUCCUCUUCCUUUCCGAGUCCUUCAGCUGCAACAUCGCCUUCUCCCCCUUUGAAGAGCUGGCCUCGGAGUUCCUGCAGAGGCCGAUGACGAUGGCGCAGCUUUUAAGUCACGGGUCCGUGUGGCUGAAGAGAACCGACUUUGCCUUUGACUAUCCCAUGCCCGUAAUGCCCAAUAUGGUUUUCAUUGGAGGAAUCAACUGUGGACACAAGAAAGCGUUGUCUGAGGAAUUUGAAGCCAUUGUGAAUGCCUCUGGAGAACACGGCAUCGUUGUCUUCUCGCUGGGCUCCAUGGUCUCCGAGAUCCCCAUGAAGAAAGCCAUGGAAAUCGCGGAUGCCUUGGGAACAGUCCCUCAGACGGUCUUGUGGCGAUACACGGGCCCGACGCCCCCCAACCUGCCCCAGAAUGUGAAGCUCGUCAAGUGGCUGCCACAGAACGAUCUCCUGGCCCACCCCAAGACUCGAGCCUUCAUCACCCACGGGGGCUCCCACGGGAUCUAUGAGGGCAUUUGCAACGCGGUGCCCAUGGUGCUGAUGCCCCUGUUUGGAGACCAGAUGGACAAUGCCAAGAGAGUGGAGUCCAGGGGAGCAGGACUGACCCUGAACAUCCUGGAAAUGACCUCCCAGGACAUCUCCACCGCCCUGAGAGCCGUCAUUAAUGACAAAACGUACAAGGAGAACAUCCAGCGCCUCUCAGACCUUCACCUGGACAGGCCCAUCCACCCCCUGGACCUGGCUGUGCACUGGGUGGAGUUUGUGAUGAGGCACAAAGGGGCCCCACACCUCAGGCCCGCCGCCCACGACCUCAACUGGGUGCAGUACCACUCCCUGGACGUCCUGGCCUUCCUCCUGUUCGUGCUGCUCCUCUCCCUCUUCAUCUCCUUCAAGUGCUGCCUGUGCUGCUGCCGCAGGUUCUGUGGCAAGAAGGGAAGGACGAAGAAAGCAGCCAAAUCCAAGACCCACUAGCAGGUGACUCCAAGUCCCACCAGCAGGUGACACCCGUGGUGGGAGAUAAAUCCUCUGCUCUGGGCCUCAAGGAUCAGAGAACAGCCCAGAUUUCACUGCAAUAAACACUGAUUUUCAGUCCAGCAAUAAUAGGGAUCCUUUAAAAUAGCACCACGAGAGGGGUUGUUGCACUGAGAUAAUUUUUUGCCUUUAAUUAAGAAUCUGUUGUUUCAAAAUACCUUGUGGGGAAAUUGCUUUUCAUGCUCAGACACUUCAGGGCCGAGUGGGAAGUCCAAGGCUCUUGGUUUCCACCUCUUGGUGUACAGAGGCCUCAGAGGGACUUUUUGUUUUCACCUCUCCAUGCAACAGGGAUAUACAGGGAUUUUUGAAGUCUUCCAGGGUUUUAGGAGAACCCUCUAGUGUCAGAUUUUCAAACACUCUGAGAUCUUUUGUGUAGUUGCUGUUGUAGAAGAGGCAAAUGUUAUGCACUGACAAUGCAUGUCAUGGAAACUAAGCUUCCAACGGGGUUGGGGGGAGUGUUUACAAUAUCCUGAACAAAACCAAGGGUUUUGGCAGGGAAGCUGCUGGAAAACCACUGUGUUUCCCCCCAACUUCCUCCUGCUCAGUGCUGUGGCUGGAGCUCACCUGUUAUAAACCCCAACUGAUUGAUUCUUUGCCUGAUGCUCAGGCAAAAACCCAAACCCCAGCCCUUUAAAUAAACCCCAAAUACUAAAAAUAA